CCGCGGGUUCGGGGCGCCCCCAGCUCCCGCCGUGAGCGCUCCCCGGUGCUCGCAGCAGGUGCGGGUUGGCGGGAUCGCUGUCAGGAUUAUUUUACGCUGGAACUGAUCGAGUGUCUUGAAAAUGACUUCAAAGCCUCUGGCUGUGUCCCUGGCACUUGCCACAUUAACUCUUUCAACGACAUUUUCUCUCCAGCCAGAUCAGCAUAAGGUUCUCCUCGUUUCCUUCGAUGGAUUCCGUUGGGAUUACUUAUAUAAAGUUCCAACGCCCCAUUUUCAUUACAUGAUGAAGUCUGGUGUUCACGUGAAGCAAGUCAGUAAUAUUUUUAUUACAAAGACCUACCCCAACCAUUACACAAUGGUCACUGGCCUCUUUGCAGAGAGUCAUGGGAUUGUUGCCAAUGACAUGUUUGACCCUAUUCUGAACAAAUCUUUCUCCUUGGAUCACAUGAAUAUUUAUGAUUCUGAGUUUUGGGAAGAAGCGACACCAAUCUGGAUCACAAAUCAGAGGGCGGGGCAUGCUACUGGUUCAGCCAUGUGGCCUGGGACAGAUGUGAAAAUACACAAGAGCUUUGCCACUCACUACAUGCCUUACAAUGAGUCUGUUUCCUUUGAAGAUAGAGUUGCCAAAAUCAUCGAAUGGUUCACAGCAGAAAAGCCCAUAAACCUGGGGCUUCUCUACUGGGAGGACCCAGAUGACAUGGGCCAUCACUUGGGCCCUGACAGUCCACUCAUGGGACCUGUGAUUGCAGAUAUUGACGACAAGCUAGGGUAUCUCAUCCAGAUGCUGAAAAAGGCAAAGCUGUGGAAUGUCGUGAACCUGAUUAUCACGAGCGAUCACGGAAUGACCCAGUGUUCUGAGGAUCGAGUCAUAGAGCUUGACCAGUACCUGGAUAAAGACCACUAUACGCUGAUUGACCAGUCUCCUGUAGCUGCCAUCUUGCCAAAAGAAGGUAAAUUCGACGAAGUCUAUGAAGCGCUAGCUGAUGCUCAUCCUAACCUUACAGUUUACAAAAAAGAGGAGAUUCCCAAGAGGUGGCACUACACACGCAACGAGCGCAUCCAGCCCAUCAUAGCAGUGGCUGACGAAGGGUGGUAUAUUUUACAGAAUAAGUCAGAUGACUUUCUGUUAGGCAACCAUGGUUACGAUAAUGCAUUAGCAGAAAUGCAUCCAAUAUUUUUAGCCCACGGUCCUGCCUUCAGAAAGAAUUUCACAAAAGAAGCCAUGAACUCCACAGAUCUGUACCCACUGCUGUGCCACCUCCUCAAUAUCACCGCUAUGCCACACAAUGGAUCAUUCAGGAAUGUCCAGGAUCUGCUCAGGUCCGCAGCUCCCAAAGCCAUUCCUUACACACAGACCACCACACUCCUCCUUGGUACUGACAAACCGGGAGCAUAUGAGCAAGAGGAGUCAUACCCUUAUUUCAUAGGGGUCUCUCUUGGCAUCAUGAUAGUGAUUGUGUUUUUUGUGAUUUUCAUUAAACAUUUCAUUCCCAGUCAAGUACCUGCCUUGCAGGAUAGGCAGGCUGAAAUCGCUCAGCCAUUAUUACAAGCUUAAUGCUUCCCCCCCCUUUUUGAAAUGGAAUUGCAUAUUGAUUAUUCAAGUGGAGAUUGCAUAAAGGUGUCGAUGUUUUCAAAUUCCAGGAGAGCAGUUUCAGACAUCGGCUGAGGCCAUCAAGCAGAGAAUCCACACUUAGGCAGUCACAUGUACACAGGGAUAGACCAAAACACUCCCACCUGCACGCCCAUACUUUCCCAUUGUUCUCUCUAGCUUAGUGGGGUGGAUAUGCUCCAACUUCAUUUGGACUUGGCACGUAUACUGUAUAUAAAUAGCAACUUUGCACUAUUUAAAUUACUUAACACAUUGCACUUUAUUCUUCUAGUGGGUACUUCUCUUUGAAAAGCACUUUACCAGACAAGUUAUAUCUUAUAACUUGGUUGAAAAUGACCACCUCCAUCACCUCUGUCACAGAAAACUUGUAUUUCAUACAUACAAUUGAAAAAAAAAAUUUAAUUUCUGAAUAAUGUAGACAUCUUCACAAACUGGGGAAGAACAAGGAAGUUGAAAAGUGGUUGCAGAUACAGUGUGACACUCUUGGUAUGUUGAUGUUUUGGAGAGAUACGUUGCCAGUAGCAGGCUGCAUCUGUGGGCAUUUCUCACUGUUUCUUUCCAAAGGACAAAGGACAUAGGCUUCCAUUUUUUUUCCCCCUCAAGGAGGUUCAAAUUCUGACAGAUCCAUUCUAAGCAUACUGUUUCUGUCAUAAAUCUAAUUAUUGCUGUUUGCUGGUUAGUCACAUGACUGAUUUUUAAAUGAAACAUUAUGAACCUAGGCUUCUCUCCGAUGUAGUUACAGCAGUGGCCUGAAAAGCAGAGAGCAGGCACCAUCUCUGCAGUGUGUUGUCUGUAAUUAUUUGCUGCUUUGAAAACGAAAUCACUGUUAAUGACAUUAAAAAUCAAAUGAGAU